CAGCGGCAGCCAUCAGCCAGCCAGCAAGGAACACACUCUCCAAGGCAGACAUCCGUAGAGUCUCUGGAGCCUUAAAUAUCCAGCCUCCGAAACUUUCGGCGUCGAAUCCCCUUCAUCUUCCGGAAGAAACCCCCACGCAACUGAAGAUGGCGCAAACCGAUCCCUACGUGCAGAAGCAGAUUCAGCACAUGAUGGCCUUCAUCGAGCAGGAGGCCAAUGAAAAAGCUGAUGAGAUUGACUCGAAAGCAGAAGAAGAGUUCAACCUUCAAAAAGGUCAAUUGGUCACUGACGCUCGUCAGAAAAUCAACGAAGAGUACGAGAAACGCGAGAAGCAGGUUGAGCUUCAACGUAAAAUCCAGAGCUCGAAAAUGCUGAAUUUCGCUAGACUUCAAGUACUCAAGUGCAAGGAAAAUCAUAUCAAGAGCGUUCUCGAGGAAGCCCGGGUUCAGCUCGGGACCGUCACGCAGAAGCCUGAGAACUACAGAGCCCUGGUCGAGAAUCUGUUGCUUCAAGGACUCCUUCAGCUUGUUGAGGAGAGCGUCGUAGUUCGGUGCCGACAGGCUGAUCUCGGCCUCGUUGAGCAACUCAAAGGUGGCGUCUGUCAGCAGUUCGAGCAGAAGACUGGCCGCAAGUGCAACGUCGUCGUCGACACCAAGACUUUCCUCAACGACAGGUGUGGCGGAGGAGUGGAAAUCUAUGCGCGUAACGGAAAAAUCAUGGUAGCCAACACUCUGGAGAAGAGGCUCGAGCACGUAGCGGCUCAAAUGCAGCCUCAAAUGCGAGCCAAGCUGUUCGGGCCGAACCCCAACAGGAAGUUCAUGGACUAGAGAGAGAUCGAUCGGCGGAUCUCGGCCCAUAAUAUGUGUUACUACUAUCCGAUGCUACUGAUCCGGAGCUUCUUGUGUUUUGCGAAGACCAAACGCUGAGGUUUCGAGCGGAGGAGGGAGAAAGCAUGUUUCCUGGACGGUGACCAGAAUGUUGAUUUUAUUUUCUGUUGAAUUAUGCGGGUGAAAUUUCUCUCAACAAUAUCUACGACCCCUAGACGAACAUGUGUUAAGUGACUCGAUUGAAUGUCUGCGAAUAAAAGUAGUUGAUGAGCUGCGGCACUGUCACAGAG